AUGUACUCCUUAUGAAGAUCACACUAUACAUUUAUAAAGGUGCCUUCAUACCGCCUCAUCUCUAAUUCAGAAUGAAGAAAAUCAUUUCUUCACAUUCAUGCCGUUCAGUUUUAUCCUAUCCAACAUCACAUCAUGAUGACCGCCCCUGCUCCUUCUAAUUUCCCUGUCAACUCUUCGUACUCUUCUAUACACUCACAAAGCAGUACUAAUGGCGCCGUAGCCUCAGUUCCUAUCUUGAUAUCGGGUAGUGGUCCCGUAGGUCUCUUCGAGGCCUACUUGCUCACAAAACUAGGGAUUCCUGUCCGCAUCAUUGAACGUGCGAUGGCUAUUUCUCCCUUAUCCAAGGCUCUGGGCCUCCAAGCCCGGAUCCUCGAGAUUUUUGAAUUUACCGAUUUGGUCGAUAAGGCCCUUGAGAGGGGACGGCCUGAUACUCACCUUCAGUUCUACUAUGGAACUAAGCAUUUGGUGACACUCCCAGCUUUGGGCAAUAUUGACUGCUAUUACCGCUAUUGUCUUUUCAUGGAACAGUCCAAGGUAUCGGAGAUUUUGGUAGAGGAGCUUGAAAAGAUGGGGGUGAAAGUCGAUCGUGGUUGGGAGCUCAUUGACACAAAAGUGGUUGAGGAGGAAGUGGAAGAAGAAAAAGUAGAAUGGAAGGGAGAUGAAGAGAUAGCUGAAAUGGAUGGCGGCAAGAAAAAGAUCAGGAAGAGGACGAAAAAAUCAUUUGUAGAAACCACAAUCCGACGAGACCGUUCGGGAGACGAUACCACUGCAAAUGAACCAAAACUGCUUGGAGAUGUCAAUCCGCUUACAGAGCAGGCAACUAAGGAAUAUGAAGUGCAAGUAGUUCGUUCUGACUAUCUAGUCGCUGCUGAUGGCGGGCGGUCGACUGUCCGACAAAGGCUCAACAUUGGAUUCCCAGGACGUACGCUCGACCUUAAGAUAUUCUUGUGGGAUGGUACAUAUGAGGGCGAUCUCGAAAUCAAGAAUGUGAUGUUCCUGCAAGGUGUCAACAGAAAAUUCAUUACCGCUUUCCCUCUGAGCAAUGGCCAAGUGCGUAUCACGAUCGAAGGCUUCACCAUUGAACCGGGGGAAGACCUUGAGCAGACUAUCAAGGAACUUACAUCCGAAAGAUUUGAGGAGCUAGUAAAUGAAUGCAUUGCACCCAAGAAAUUAAAGAUCAAGGAGACAUCCUGGCUGACGGCUGUCAAGGUGAACGAACGCCGUGCAGAGCAUUUUGUCUACAAAAAUCGCAUCUUUUUGACAGGAGAUGCAGCUCACAUCCAUUCUCCUGCUGGCGGUCAGGGCCUGAACACGGGCCUAUGUGAUGCGCACAACUUGGCUUGGAAACUGGGAUUAGUCAUCAAUGGUUUGGCGCCCAAGGCUCUGUUGGAGACCUACGCAGAGCGAGAGCCCGCGGCAGAUAGGUCCAUUGCAGUGUCAUCGAAAAUUUUCAGGAAUAGAGCCGCAGGGUAUUUCUCAGCGCUUCAAGGGCGCUUAUUUACGACUCUAGCUCCAUUGAUCUUUGGCGUCAUGAAAGCGCUUUCACUUACGACUGACCUCAGCAUGAUUGACAUUCGGUAUAAUGAAAAUGAAAUCAAUAGACGUCAUUCAGUCCAGCCCGUGCCUGAGUCCGAAUUUCAAGUCGGCGUGCGCGCCCGAGAUGGCACCAUUUGUCCGAUCCCUACAGUAUGUAGUGAAAUACAUAAUAGCGUUGAUUUGGAGCCCAUCCGUCUCCACCAGAUCCUACAUGGUGUAGGUCGUUUCCACAUUCUAGUAUUCACUUCCGAUAUGUUAUUGACAUCCAAAACAAGCGCGUCUGUCAGUGUUAUUCAGGGUGCUAGUACCACGACUGCAAAGGAGCUUGAGCAUAACAUUAACAGAUAUCUAUCCCACUGGCGUGCCAAAUGGUCAUAUACUUCUAAGGUUGAUGACGGUUACGAGGACCACAAGGAUCUCUUCAAGCUCCAUGUCAUUAGUGGCGGCUUCGGGUCAAUCACUGAAUUGCUACGCGGCACUGGCGACGAUACGGGGGACAGCAGUAGUAAAAGCAAGAGCUUCCAUGUGUUGGCCACUAAAAGCUUGGGUGAUGGGAAGUUAUUUUUGGACAGUACAAAAGCAUUGCAUCGAAAAUAUGGCUUUAGUUGGAGCAAAGGUUCAGGGGGGAUUGUGGUUAUUCGACCUGAUUCACAUAUUGGGUACCGUGUAGUGGGGGCAGCUAACCCAGCGUGGAUGGAUGUUGAGGAAUAUUUUACUUCCAUAUUGGCACCAACGAGAUAGGUAUUGAAUGUACUUAAAGGCAUAGAUAGUGUAUGCACUCUACUCGAGUCCAUUGCUUGCGCACCAUUAGCAUUUAACUUAGGC